GGUGGGGUGACGUGUGGCGAGGUUGUGGACUUCGGGGGUCGGAUUAAAUUACCCCUUCCUGAACGGCUUGUUGCCUGCUGGGAAACUAUCAAGGUGCCCAGUCCCACGACUGUUACACCAACCUUCUACUUAAGGGUCGUCGCUCGGCCCGCGCCCGCCGGCCAUGGCCGCCGCCACCGCCUCCCCGGAGCUCGACCUCGUCACGGACAACGUGACGGCGGCGCCCGCCGACUGGCUCAGCAACAACAUCACCUGCAACCAGUACAUCCGGCACAACACCACCUUCAUGAUCUACGGCGGCUACGAGGGCGUGCCGCUCAACCUGGGCGCCAACGUCCUCGGCUGGCUGGGCCUGAUCCUGCUAUUCUCCCUGCUGCGUAAGAGCGCCUGGAACUACGGCCGACUGGCUCUGGUGCACAAGAACGAGCGCAGAAUGCUACUUAACCCCUUCUCCAAGGGCACCUACAACAUAUGGACGCAACUCUUCUACGGCAACGAGGAGGCCAUGGGCCGGUUGCGGAUGAACGACGAGUCCUUCCACAACAUGGACUCCAGCAUCCUGGUCGACCGGGGCUUCUUCUCCUGGAUUGUCGCCAUAUUCAAAAUCAAGGAUGACGAUAUCCUGCGCAAGUGCGGCUCGGAUGCGGUGCAGUACCUGUCGUUCCAGCGGCACAUCAUGGUCUACCUCUCCAUCGUCACCCUCAUCUCCAUCGGCAUCGUGCUGCCCGUCAACUUCCAGGGCAAGCUGGAGGGCAAGGAGAAGGACUUCGGCCAUACGACCAUUACCAACCUCGACCCAUCCUCGGCCUGGCUGUGGCUGCACGUCAGCCUGUCGGUGCUGUUCCUGCCGCUGGGCGUGUACAUCAUGCGCCGCUUCUCGUCGCAGCUGAACAUCAGCGGCGACGACACGUCUGCCGUGUCGCGCACGCUCAUGAUCACCAGCAUCCCGCGCCAGGCGUGCAACCGCAACAGCCUGCUCAAGCACUUCCAGGAGGCGUACCCGAUGGUGGGCCUGCAGGACAUCCAGUUUUCCUACAACAUCAGCCGGCUGAUGGAGCUGGACCAGCAGCGGGACGCCAUGUUCCAGGCGCGGCUGUACGCCGACGAGUACCUGGCCAGCACCGGCGACCGGCUGGCUAUCCGGCCGUACGUCUGCGGCCACUUCUGCUGCUGCUGCUCCCUCUGCGGCUGCGUCGAGGUGGACGCCAUCCAGCACUACUCGCGCGAGGAGAGCAGGCUGAGCCGCCAGGUGGAGAUCGAGAAGGCCACCGCCCUCAACCAGCCGCUCGGCAUCGCCUUCAUCACCUUCAGGAGCAAGGAGAUGGCCUCCCGCGUGCUGAACGAGCACGCUCUGCUGCUGGGCUGCCGGUGCCGCCAGAACCCGCCCGCCUCCAGCAUGAGCGCCCUGCUCAAGCCGUACCGCUGGCAGGUGCAGGUGGCGCCGCCGCCCGAGGACAUCUACUGGCAAAACCUGAACCACUCGUCCUUCUGGUGGUACUUCCGCUCGUUCUUCAUCAACAUCAUCCUGUUCCUGGUGCUGUUCUUCAUGACCACGCCUGUGAUCGUGGUCAACUCGGUCGACGUCGUGUCGCUGACGGACCGGGUCAAGGCCAUGAGCUCGCUGGUGUCGGAGUUCUUGCCGACGCUGCUGCUCUGGACGAUCGCCGCCCUGAUGCCCGUUCUGGUGGCCUUCUCCGACCGCUUCCUCUUCCACUGGACGCGCUCCUCUGAGAACUACUCGGUCAUGGUCAAGACUUUCAUCUUCCUGCUCUUCAUGGUGCUCAUUCUGCCGUCGCUCGGUCUCACCAGUGCGCGCGCCUUCGUCGAGUGGGCGGUGCAGACGCAGAACCAGACGUACCGCUGGGAGUGCGUCUUCCUGCCCGACAACGGCGCCUUCUUCGUCAACUACGUCAUCACGUCGGCCUUCAUCGGCACCGCGCUCGAGAUCAUCCGCUUCCCCGAGCUGUUCGUGUACGCCCUGCGCAUGUGCAUGGCCAGGUCUCAGGCGGAGAUCGCCAGCGUACGCGCGGCCGUGCUGUGGGAGUUCCCGUUCGGCAUCCAGUACGGCUGGGUGCUGCUCAUCUUCGCCAUGACGGUGGUGUACUCGCUGCUCUGUCCGCUCAUCACGCCGUUCGGCCUGGUCUACAUGAUCCUGAAGCACCUGGUCGACAAGCACAACCUGUACUUCGCCUACGGCGCGUCGCGCAUCAAGAAGCGCAUUCACGUGACCGCCAUCAACUUCGUCAUCUUGUCGAUCGUGCUGACGCAGCUGUGCCUCUUCCUCUUCUCGUACAUCCGGCGCGGCAUGCGCGACAUCGCCAUCUACUCGCUGAUCGGCCUCAGCGCCACGCUGGCCAUCUUCCUCUCGCACGUGCUCUUCCACUGGUUCGAGCAGUGCAGCCCCAUCCGAUACACGAGCAUGGAGCCGACUCCGUCAGAAGAGAGCGGUGUCAGCAGCGGCGAAGAGUCGCCGCCGCAGCGUCCGUUCGUGCCCGUUGUGCUGCAGCGCGCGCCCCAAGUCCGGGUCAGGGACACAGGCGACGUGUACUCCUACCCGACGGCGGGCCCGGCGCGGAGUCCGCCCGAGCUUCGGCGCCGCUCGUACGGCUCCAACCAGGACCCGUCGUCGGCCAGCGACACGCCGCCCGCCGGCGAGCACGAGCUGUACCAGAACUACAACCAGGUGCCCAGCGUGGCCGUGCUGGCCGGCGAGCAGACCAGAGUCGACCUAUACGUCGCCAACGACGAGGUGUGACGGCCCGGUCACGUGA